GGCAAACUAGGGGAAACCAAUUAGUGCCCAGCCCUGGCGGUGGGGGUACGACACCCCCCUUUUUUCAGCUCCUUCCCCUCGCUGGGGAGAAUGGAGACCCUCGCUGCGUACAUAGAGGCAUAGGAGACCCAGGCCUGUCGGAGGUUGCCCUUUCGCCCACGGUGGCGCGCCGUCCUUCCCACUUCAGCACCGGGCAGGCGGACAGCUCCCUACGGCCGUUGUUUCAGCACCAGAGCCAGCGGACAGCUCCCCAUCCUCUUGCCAGGCUCCGCGCGGAGCGGUUGGCGGCGGAGAAGCGGGGAGGUUGCUAAGUGGGGUGCCCAACUCCCAAAAAGCGGGGGGCGAGAGGAGAAGUUCCGUGCACUGGCUCAUCCAAAGCCUUCCUUCCUUUGUCUUGUGGGGAGGCGGGGAUCGGAGGCUCAGGGCGCGAGUCCUUCUCUCCUCCCCCCCCCGCCCCUCGUGCGCCGCCUUUGCUAUAGCGGCGCCGCAUCUGCAUGGGGGGGGGCGCUGUUGAGCCUCGCCCCUCCUCCCCCGGCGUCGUCGAGCCGGAGAGCGCCGGGCUGGUGGGUAUUGGCUCAGGCCGCCUCCCUCCGCUCCUCUCCGCAGCCAGCGGCCCCCCCACCUCCGCCCCCCGGCCGCUGUUUACUCGGGCCUUGCCGGACGGAGCGCGCGUGAUGGCUGCAGUGGCGAGCGGCUCCGGGCAUCAGCAUCAGCAGCCUCCGCAGUGACAGCCCCCGCCCGCCUGCCCGCUCCAGCGCAGCCCGGCCCUCGCCGCCGCCCCGCCCGGCCCCCGCCAGCCUCGCCCUGCCGUGCGCCCCGCCAGCCCCAGCCCCAGCCCGGCUCGGCUGCGCCGCGGAGAAGAUGGCGGAUCGGGCGGAGAUGUUCUCGCUGUCCACCUUCCAUUCGCUCUCCCCGCCGGGCUGCAGGCCUCCUCAGGACAUCAGCCUGGAGGAAUUUGAUGACGAAGAUCUGUCUGAGAUCACCGACGACUGUGGCAUCGGCCUUAACUACGACUCGGACCACUAUGAGAAGGACUGCCUGGUGCUGGAGAGAUGUGAGCAGCCCAACCCCAUCUCCACCUUCCAGGACGAUUUCCAGGAGUUUGAGAUGAUCGAUGACAACGAAGAGGAAGAGGAAGGGAAUGGACUGGAGGAGGUGCCCCCCUCACCCUCGGGGUCUCCAAUCCCUUCGCCCACCCCAGAGGAGACCCAGAAGCAUCGCCCCACCACUCUCAAUCUGACCGUGACGGGGACACAGGACUCCCUGAACAACAACAGUGGCUGCAACCCAGCGCCUCCCUUGCAAAGGGCCACCUGGCAGGAGACUCUGCUCCACACUUCUUCUUCCUCCUCCUCCUCUUCAGUGCCCCAUGCUGAGCGAUCCUCCCCUGUGCACCCAUGUCUCCAGGACGGACCCUGCUCGGACGCUCGGAGUGGCACAGGCCCUGGCCGAGCCCAACCUCCUUGCAAACCACCGCUUUAUGAUGCCGAAGGGAACAGCCAGGAGCAGCUGCGGGAGGCCCCUCCCCCUGCCCGACCUGGGGAGGACUACAACAUGAACAUCGUCUCCUCCAUGCCCUGCUCUCAGCCUCCUUCAGCUUCAUCUGUCCAGGCCCCCAGGGAGGUUGCAGAAGACCCCCAAGGUCCCGUCGCACGCCUGGCGUCCCAGACACCCAUCUUCAGCCCCCACAGGUCACCGGCAACGGAGAUCUACUGCGCCAGGUUCCAGAGGGAUGCGGCAGGAUGCCAGGAGGCAGAGAAGGUAGCUGGGGGCUCCCCUGUCAUCUUUGCUGGCGGGAAAUCGGGGCACGGGUCCCCCAUCUCACUGAUUGACCAGGGAGGCUCCCCGCUGUCAGACGACGAGGCUCCCAAGGGCCGCCGAGAUGCCGGGUCUGGAAGGAGCCACCCCACGGGAGACCAUGCCGCCCCGACCAGAACGGCGACGGAAUCCCUGAGCUCCGAAGGAGAAAGCGCCCACAGGGGCCGGGCGCUCAGUGUGCGAGGGCCACCUUCCGCCUCCUCGGACACCACGUCCCCCUCGUCAGACCCCGGUAUUGAGGCAGACCUCACCAGCCGCAACUCCAAAUCCUUCCCGCCGUGCAGCCGGCACAGCGAGGACCUCAGCUCGCCUGGCUCCGACUCGGACGUGGAGGGCGAGAUUGAGGCGGCCUUUGCCUGCAGCGGGAACCGCCUGGCCAGCAACAUGAUCUCCAGCAUUUCGGAGACGGAGCUGGACCUGAGCAGCGACAGCAGCAGCGGACGCUCCUCCCACCUCACCAACUCCAUCGAGGAGGCCAGCUCCCCGGGCUCAGAGGCCGAGCUGGAGGCGGACCUGGAGUCCCGGGGGGUUCUGGGCCUGAAGGACACCCUCCUGCUAGAUGUCGGCAAAGAGGAGGAGGAGGACGGGGUGGCGGUGGCCCCGGAGAGCGCAGUGGUGCAGAGGGACAGCCUGGCGGCCCUCAAGAUAGAGGAGUUCUACGAGGACCCGUCCGCUCCCAUCGAGCCAAUUGACAGGCCCCUCUCGGACUCGCUGGACCUGGAGAUCGACCCCGACCACAGCCGGGAGACCCUGCGGCGCUCCUUCUACUUGCCGGUGGGGGCCAAGCUGGUGCCCAAGGGCCGCAGCGACAGCGACGACCGAGCGGGGAACAGCGAGUACGACUCCGAUUCCGACUCUGAGUCGGAGCCGGACCUGAGUGAGGAUUCCGACUCCCCGUGGCUGCUCAGCAACCUGGUGAACAAGAUGAUCUCAGAAGGCUCGUACCCCAUCAAGUGCGCCGACGAAUGCUUCCCAGCGGCCCACUCCCUUUCGGACACCAUCUCUCCCGCCUCCGACCUGGAGCCCGAGAUCCCCAGCGAGGCCCUGGGGGAGGCGCAGCCUGGCCCUCCGCAGAGCAUCGAGCUGGUGGACAUGGAGACCCUCCGGUGUUCACUACGGGACGAGGAGAAGCCCACCGAGCCAGGGGGCCCGGCGGACGAGGUGGGGCCCUACCUGUUCAUGAGCAACCUGACCAACGACACCAUUGCUCCCGUCUUUCCUGGGAGGCCACUCUCUGGCUGCUGCAAGAGCGGCGGCGGCACCCCAGCCAAGGGCUUGCCCCCCAGGGAGGUCGCGGUCAAGGCCGACCCAGCCACGGGGCCCGAGGACUGGGCGAUCGACGGGGACCUGGACUCUGGCAUCUUGGAGGACAACGACAUGAUUGACGACGUCCGGUUAGAGGGCAGCGAGGGGCUGGACGUCUCCACCGCCAAGACCAACCGUUGCUUCAGCUUCGCCUACUCUCCUGAGGAAGAGGAGGACAGGGAGGCCCCUUCCCUAGGCAGCCUGAAGGACUCCCCCUUCUCCGAGGAGAUGCCCCUGCCCCCGCCCACCAUAGCGCUGGACGACUCCCUGGCCUACGACUCUGUCAAGUACACCCUCGUCGUGGACGAAAACACCCAGCUGGAGCUGGUCAGCCUCAAGCGUUGCACAUCGGUGCUGAGCGACGACAGCGAGCUCCUGCGGGCCUGCGAUGCUGCCGACCUGGAGGACGCGGGCAGUGACUUUGGGGAAGGGCUGGUGGCCCCGGACGGGCGCAGCUCUUCCUCGGAGGACUCCUCGCCCGAGGCUGACCUCCACUUCUCAAAGAAGUUCCUCAACAUCUUUGUCAACAGCACCUCCCGUUCCUCCAGUACAGAGUCCUUUGGCCUCUUUUCUUGCAUGGUGAACGGGGAGGAGCGGGAACAGACCCACCGAGCCGUCUUCAGGUUCAUCCCUCGCCACGAGGACGAGCUGGAGCUGGACGUGGACGACCCCAUUCUAGUGGAGCUGGAGGAGGACGACUACUGGUACCGGGGCUACAACAUGCGCACGGGGGAGAGGGGCAUCUUCCCGGCCUUCUAUGCCCACGAGGUGGUGAGCCAGGCCAAGGAAGUGACAGGCCUGAAGCGGAAUCCGUGCUGGGUGGAGCGCUUCAACGUCCAGUUCUUGGGCUCCGUGGAAGUUCCUUACCAUCAGGGCAAUGGCAUCUUGUGUGCCGCUAUGCAGAAGAUUGCUACCACCCGCAAGCUCACAGUACACCUGAGACCCCCAGCCACCUGUGACCUGGAAAUCAGCCUGCAAGGCAUCAAGCUCAUCCUGACCGUGAAUGAAUACAGCCGAGACGAGGAGUUUGAGCGCUGCAGCCAUUUCUUCCAGAUGAAGAACAUCUCCUUCUGCGGCUGCCAUCCCCGCAACAGCUGCUACUUUGGCUUCAUCACAAAACACCCCGUGCUGAGUCGCUUUGCCUGCCACGUCUUCGUAUCCCAGGAGUCCAUGCGGCACGUUGCGGAGUGCGUUGGCCGCGCCUUUCAGGAAUACUACCAAGAGCACCUGGAGUUUGCUUGCCCCACAGAAGACAUUUACCUGGAGUAGGACCUGAGCCCGGAGUGCCUCCAGCUUCUGCACCCCCUCCAGAGACUCUGACCCAGUGCCCCAGGACCCUCGGCUCCGCCAGCCUCGACACCACCCAUGCCACCAUUUUUCAACCCGGCACCCUGCUGCAGCAGAGGGGAGGUGGGGUGGGGCAGGCGAGGGGGCAGAGAGAUGGGGAGGGCGGCAGGCGCUGGCUGUGUGCAGUUGCCCCCUGCCCUCCCCCUCUCCUGGAGCCCCUCUCCCAAAACACCCGGGAGCAAAUCUCUGGGGAGGGAGCCUUCCUCCUUGAAGCAGGUAGAGACCAGUGAUGGGGCUGGAGGAUGAAUUUGGGAGUGGCGAAGCCAGGAGUCGGGGCUUUCCAGGAAAGCUCCAGCCUUUGCAUGGCGCCCCCCUUCUCAGGGGCUGGGAGGAAGGCUUGGGGCACAAUGGCAGCCAUCACUCUGCCCCCACGCCCACCCCGGUCCUCUAGAAACACACUCUGGGGCUGCGGGGAGCUCCCAUACCUCACCUGCUUCCAGGCUAAAUUCAUUUCUUCUGUGUGAGAGGUGUGUGUGGGGAGAGGGAACAAGGACCCCCCCUCCCUGGCCCCCCCCCCACAGCGUGCGGCCAUCCCUGGGCCAGGGCACUCUGCUCUCUCCCUUCCCUGCUUCUCGGCCCCCAUUGCCCCAGCUCCACACUUGCCAUGUGGGCUGCCCCAUUGCCAUCCCCUGGGGGGGGCAGUGCAUGCAACUCCAGCUCAUGCAGUGCCAUAGGAAACUACACCGCCCCCGCCCCACCCUUUCCCCAAAAUCUGCAUCCCUCGCUGCUAUCACUCACCCUGCCAGAGACACUGUUGGGUUGCCGGAGGCGGAACAGCCUGCAUGCUGCAUGGGGGGCGGGGUGCUGGGAGCUGAAAGGAGCCCCCCAGAUAGGGCCCUUGGGGUGUGUGUGAGCGAUGAGCAUGUGUGGGGCAGGGUUCAGCUGGUAGGCUGUCCACCUCACAAGCAGAAGGUCCCAGGUUCCAUGCCCAGUAGCAUUUCCUCACA